UUAGUUAGAGGAGUGCCUUUAAAGCAGCUGAGCAAUUUAUAUCAAUCUCCCUUUAGUGAGACUUGGAAUACAUUGUAAAAUAAAUUAAUUCCCUGUAUAAUUCUAAUAAAAGAGAGGAUCACUUAUCCCAUGUGGGAGACUUAAUUUCUGAUUGUGACUGUAUAAAUCAACAGAAAUCACAUGAAUAUUCUUGGACCCAGGUGGAGAUCAUGUUAUAAAUGCCUUAUUGUGAAAUUGAAUCAGAAGAUUGAAACAAAGCUCUUGGAUAUAAAUCAUCACCUGUUAGAUUAGUGUCUUGCACUGGGUUUUAAUUCACAGCAGUUUAAAUAAUUUAAAUGAAUUAAUUCAACAGAACAGUCUCAUAACAGCAAGGAAUCUGAAUUUCAAAGUAUAUGUGGAACAGGUUUAUACCUAUGUCCAAUAAGGACCUACUGAUUGCCUGAAUAAUGGCACAGAUAAUGUUACUGCUACUGUUUAGGUAGCAGUCACAUAAAAAAACCCCAAAAUUUUAAUUUUUAUUGCCUUAUCUAUAAAGGCAAAAGAAUAACAAAGGAUGACACAAAGAAAGAGUAACUUUUGAAGUGUCUGCACUAAGUGUAAUGGAAGAUAUGCCAACUCUUUCUCUGAAUUUCAGCAUUAGAGUUCUGCACUUCUGCUUGUUUUGCCUACUGUGCAAGUCUCUUGUAGAGCUCUGCUGAUCACCUUGACCAGCUAAUUCUGUUCUGAGAUUGUAAUGCAUUAUAUCACCUUCUGUAUGACAGGAAAGGGAAGUUUCCCUUUAACGAUAUUGCCAUGUAUGAAUUUCUGGGGGUGGAGUCACUGCUUGAGCAGGCUGCAUAAAAGCGUGCAGGAUUUCCAGCUGUGUCAGACUGCAAUCAGCAUGAACUACAGCCUGCCACACCGAGUGCUGCUCAGCUCUCCGAUGGAGGCACAGCAGGACAGGUUGUGCCUGCAGUCUCUUUGGGACUUCAUCAUCGCAAAGGAGCCUUUGAUCAAGUCACCGUUUUUUCCAGUGCUCUUUUCUUUUGCAGCAUACAUGGCUUUUUGUCUUCCAUAUAUUGCACUGGACUUUUUAAGCAUUAGACUGCCAGACUUGAGAAAAUACAAAAUCCAGCCACAGAACUACCCAAGUCUUGGAAUGAUGGUGCCUUGCAUUAUUCAGAGUGUAUAUCACCAUGUUGUUUUGAUCUUCCCGGUGACAUUUCUACACUGGUGCUGGAGACCCAUGCAUCUACCAGUGAUGGCUCCAGAGCUGCCUGAAGUCCUGCUGCAAGUAGCAGUUUGUCUGCUGCUAUUUGAUUUUGAGUACUUCCUGUGGCAUUUGCUUCAUCACAAGGUGCCUUGGCUCUACAAGACCUUCCACAAGGUGCAUCACAAGCACGUGUCGACGUUCGCCCUUACUACACAGUAUUCCAGCGUAUGGGAGUUGCUCUCACUGGGAUUUUUUGCUGCUAUAAAUCCACUACUCCUGGGAUGCCAUCCUUUGACAGAAAUGAUUUUCUUCCUUGUAAACAUUGGUUUGUCAGUGGAGGACCAUUCUGGGUAUGACUUCCCAUGGUCAACUCACCGACUUGUGCCUUUUGGAUUGUAUGGAGGAGCACCACAUCAUGAUCUCCACCAUCUGAAAUUCAAAUCAAACUAUGCUCCUUACUUCACACACUGGGACAAACUCUUUGGGACAUUCAUGGAGUCACAUUCUAAUUAAGAAUAUUUACCUGUGGAUGAACUCUUAUUUUUUAUAGACUAAACUGGGACAUUAUUUUUUUAAAGACAUACAGAAGAUUGUAUAUUUGAAACUGCCUACAAAAGCAAUAGUUAUUUAUAACAAAUCCUCUUAAUAUAUUUGUGUAUUUGUGUGUGUACUUGGAACUGCCUGUGUUAAGUGACUGCAAAUGGGAAAGUGAAUAUCUGUUGCUUAAAUGGGAGUCUGAGGUUUAAGGGAAGCAUUAAGAGACAUUCUCUCUCCUUUCCUUCUUUCCAGCUUUCAUAAAGCAUGUAUCAUGUUACUGUAUGAUGUUUUAUACAUAUGCCAGAACGUUACCUUACUGUUGUAGGAUGAUUUAUGAUGUAAACAGAAAAGGUACACAUCAUGGAUUUUGUGGAGUUUAAUCUGCCAGAAGAAAUUUUUGCGCAAUGAUUUUUGCAAAACAUUGCUGCCAAGUCAGGGUGGUUGGCUAACUGUUAAAUGAUUUUUGAUAUUUAUAUUUUUUACCUUGAUGUGUUGUCUCUUUUUAAUAGAGAAUAAAUAUGUUCAUUCUUUUAAAAUCA